UAUAAAAAGAGGCUUUACUGGUAGUUUAUUAUCUAAUAUUUAGUAUUUCUGCAAAAAGUGGGAUGCUAAAGCCCCCCCUCCCCAGCCCCUGCCUUCGCUGGAUAAGGAUUGAUUGUGACUUACGGGAAAGCUUCCAUCUUGUGAAUGGGGUUCUUCUCCUAAUGCAGUAAGACAUCAAUUAUUAUUCACCUCCCUGGAAAUCCCUGAGAUGAGACGACGAUAAGAAAUGUCUUCGGUCAGAAAUUCAUUCACAUCUGAAAACUCGUUAGGCAUUCGAUUUUGAAAAGCUUGCUGCGUUGCCAAGAUGAGGAUUUGCAUUCAGGUUAAAGUUUCUAUCUUUGAUUUGUCGAAUUACUAGUCCAUGUUGGCUGGAAGCCUCCGCUGAACCUCAAUCGCAAUGAAGGAAAAUAAAUAAAACAACAACUGGGAUUCCGACAUGAAUCGCCUCUUCCGAGCCUCUAGCGAGCCUUCCGAGCCUUCCGAGUGUCGACUAACUAACAAUUUAUGCAAAAAUCUCAGAAAAAUUUUUUGGGCUGGAGUGGCCCUUUCAGUGUGGCGUGUUCAGUGACCAAUGGUUUAUACUUUAAUUGACAGCUGUGUCAUUUCAAAUAAAAAGUUCCAGGAGAUAACCAUGAUGGUAAUGAUUCGCCUGAUGCUAUGGAUUGUAAGGAGUAGGUCGACUUGUUGGAAUGUUUUUUUAAUGUAGCCAUGACUUCAAAUCGCUAGACAUAAAAGACGAGCCACAUACCAAAUAUGGUGAAAAUUGAGCUGAGACCUUUAAUGACUUGUGUCUGUACUGAUAUUAGCAUGGUUUUUGCAAAAGGAAAUCGUGAACACUCAUCUACAACCGUGAGGAAAUAUUUGUUGGGUGUGGCUGAAGGUAAUGGCGCUUUGAAAUCAAUGUUUAAUCUUUCGAAUGGCUUUGAUGAGCUUUUUCUCACCUAGUCUGAAGAAACGAGGUUUAUUUUCUGCACAAAUCUCGCAAGCGGAUAUUAUGUUACCAACUUCAUCCAGCGAAACAUCUAAAUUCUUUGUUUUCAGAAAAUGAUAGAAUUGAGUUACUCCCCGAUGGCAUAAGGAGUCGUGUAGCUUGUAGAUAUUGUCAGCACUGACAGCUUUGCAAAAUAAUCGAGUGAAUCAGCAGGGAUGUUAUCUCCUCCUGGUCAGUAUUUGAUGUCAAAAUUUUAACAACUCAACUCAAUGCGCCAUUUGUUAAUCUUUUCAUUUUUAAUUUCGCUUGAUCUUCCUUUAUCAAACAUUAAUCGCACAGAAUGCUGAACGUCACCCUGUAGGCACAUAUCGGGUUUUUGGCCUAUUCUGAAAAUCUGUUUUUGCUAAAUAGUUGUGUAAUGCAAUACAUGUUUUCGUUAUUGUCACACUAUUUUCUGGAUUUGCUUCAAUUGUGCGAAGAAAAACUCUCCAGCGGGCUGACAAGAUUCCAAAAGCAUACUCAGAAAUUUGACGUGCUGGUAAAUGUCUGUAGUUGUAGACUAUCUUUUCAUCGGAUAAUUCUGAGCCUGAAAAUUAAUUUUGGAAAUUUUGAAUUUUUAGGCUACAUUCCUUUUAGGAUAUAAAUGUUUUGGAUACCAUCUUUGAAAUUAUUACCUGGAUAGGGGCGCAUCAUAUUUUCCUUGAGUGGAAAUGCUUCAUCACCAACAAAAACGUAUGGGGAUAUCUGUUCUGAACCUGGCAGCGCACUGGGUGCUGGAAGGUCCAAUGUCCCUGCAUUCAGUCUCUUUCCAAAUACUGAAUUUGCAAGGACGCCUCCGUCGCUUUGCCUGCCGUAAGCACCAAUAUCUACCAUCACAAAUGAGUAUGUGGCAUCAACUACAGCUAGAAGUACUAUGGAGUUGAACCCUCUGUAGUUGUAAGAGUCCCUUCCUGCAUUUGCCGAUGCCUUUAUUGAAAUGUGCUUUCCAUCUAUGGCUUCUAGGCAAUGAGGAUAAUUCCAAUAUUUCCAGAAAUCGUUUGCGAUCUCUUUCCAUUUUUACUUAUCAGGAAAGCUUAGGAAUUCGCGUGUAUCUCAAAUAGCGCCGCAUGUAUUGUAAAUUAUUUGAUUUACUGUCGAUUUACGGUAUCGGAAUGUUCUUUUGACAUUCUGAAAAAUUGAAAAUGCCUUUCUUCGUCCAUCGAACGCAAAUCAUUGACUAGGAUCGGGUAUUCCCCGCGCAUGUUUCUCAAAGAAUUCAAAGGCCGAAUAUACAACCGCGUUUUGUUGUUCCUUUUCUUUCUUUGCCGAGCAAGUAGAAGGGCAAGUAGAACCUCGACGGCAUGUCCGGAAACUAUGGACCGAAAAAGCUUAUGGCGUAUCAUUUCAAGCUUCCCGCAUGGACAUGUGGAAAACGUAUGCGCUUACGCUUUUGGCAUAUGCAAGAUGAAAAGGUGUACGCUUCAAAGCUUACCCUUGUGCAGAGUUUAGCGUACGCUAAUGAGUUCAGAACUAUGAACCAAGCUUAUGUAGGGUAGAUUACUUGUUGCCUAAGAUACAUAAGGGUCUUGAUAAUGCUAAGGGCAGACCAGUCAUUUCUAGCUGUGAUAUUUUAACAGAACAUAUAUCUGAGUAUUUAGAUCACCACCUCAACCCAUUAGUUAGCCAGGGUACAUCCCAUGUUUAGGACACCAACCAUUUCUUGGCCAAACUAAGCAAAUUAGGUAAGAUACCAGAGGGGGCUUCAUUGUCUACUGUCGAUGUUUUGGGACUCUGUCCUAGCAUCCCCCAUGGGGAGGGUCUGGAGGGCAUAGAGCAGGCGCUGGAUAGAAGGGAAAACCCAGAAGUGGCUACUGAUACCCUAGUGGGGUUGGCAUCUUUGGUCUUGGAUAACAAUUACUUUGAAUUUAACGAUAAGAUAUAUAGGCAGAAAUUAGGCACGGCUAUAGAUACUAAGUUUGCUAAUCUUUUUAUGACCCGGUUGGAGGAAAGCUUGCUGGACUCUUCGGUGGAAAAGCCCCUCAUUUGGGUAAGAUAUAUCGAUUAUAUUUUCUUUAUCUGGAUGCAUGGGGAAGAGAAGUUGAAAGAGCUCAUUGACCAUCUCAACAGUAGCCAUGAUACCAUCAAGUUUACUAGCGAACACUCAAGGGAUAAUAUAAGUUUCUUAGGUGUAUAGGUUAUUUUAAGUGAGGGGGGAGUCCUGUCAACAGACUGGUUUUGCAAGCCCACUGAUACACAUCAGUACGAAGUAUAAGAAGUCUUGUCAUCCAUGGCACACUAAGAAAGCGAUCCCCUAUCGCCAGGCACUUAGGUAUCAUAGGAUUUAAUCUGAAAAUCGCUUUUUCGAAGAUAAGAUAGGCGAGUUAGCUUGAUUGCUUAAGGACAGGGGAUAUAAAGAGUCUCUAGUUGAUGAACAGAUAGAUAAGGCAUGUAAGUUAGGUAGGGCGACUCUUCUUGAUAAUUCGGGUAGUAAAACCAAAGACCAGGGGAGGGGGGAAAGGGUUCCAUUUGUAGAAACAUACCAUCCAGCACUCAAUGGAUUGGGGAAAGCGGCAGGGAAACUCCAAUCUAUGCUCAGCCAUUCGGAGGAGCAUAGUAAGGUGUUUCCUGGGCCACCUAUAAUUGCUUUUAGGAGAUGUAAGAACCUUAAGGACAUUUUGUUCAGGGCUAGGCUCAGUAAUCAGGGACAAGGGGGCCCACAUACUAAGGGAUGUUCUGGUUGUGGUAAAGCUCAUCAUGUGCAAGAUGGCAAAAGGAGAGCUGCCUUGUUCAUCAAAUUCAAAUAAUUCAUUCAAAAGAAUGCACGGGACAGUUUGUUGAAUGUUUAAUAUAUAAUGAGAAUUUAUUUGUUUGUUUGUUUUAAUAAAAUUACAAGUUCAGUGGUUAUUAGCGAUGGAGAAGAAAACUUUGCAAGUUGUGAAAGAGCUGAUGGAAAUACAGGAACAGGCCUACAAGAGCGUCACCUGAACAAUGAGAUACAGGAAAUGAAAUGUAGCUUGCAAUUUUCUCAGAAGGACAUUGAUGAGCUGAAUUCCAAGGUAACAUCUAUUGAUGCCAAAGUAAAUUCGCAACACAUUGCUCUGGAGCAUAUUGACGGAGAAUGCGAAGGAAUCUCAAACCAAGUUGACUACCUAGAGAAUCAAUCGAGACGUAGUAAUAUCAAGAUACUUGGGCUAGCAAAGAGGAAAGAGGAACGCACUUGGGAUGACACGGAGGAGCUUAUCAAGUCAACAAACAAAGACACCUUUGGCGUUGAAAAAAAUGUCGAAAUAGAGAGAGCUCAUUGUAUUGGGAAACCUCGUAGGCCUAACGCAGUUGGCCAAGAUGGCGGCCCUCUCGGUCCACGUGCUGUUGUUGCCAAGCUGUCCAACUGGAAGCAGAAGGAAAGAAACUUAGCGGCUGCAAGGAAGAAAAAGCCUGAUGGAUUGAUGUUUGUCCAAUAUUUUUCACAGCAAAUACUCGACAGACGUGAUGAGCAAAAGAAUGAUUUGAAAAAGGCAAGGGAAGAUGGCAAAAUAGCCUAUUUUGUCAUGGACCGAUUGAUAAUUCGAGAACCUCCUGACAAGAACAACAAGAGUUUCAUAUCCAAUGACAGUAAAAUUUCCUUCACGGAGUCGUAAGAUGACUACCUAUAUUGUGUUUGAUACAAACUUUUGUGUUGACUCAGUACAUUCAUUGUGGUCAAUUAUUUUUGUUAUGGUCCAAUGUUUUAUUUUGGGCCCAAGCCAUGUCAAUGGUAGAAACUGAUACCCCUCCGUGUGGCAUUUGCCACAAAAAGAUACCUGCUCGUGGCAAGACUUAUUUUGUAGUCACUGCAAAUUCUGGGUCCAUAUAAGAUGUAAUAAUAUCUCUAAUUCUGAGUAUAAAGAGCUGCAAAAGGUGCCUGAUAAUGUGCUUUGGUUUUGUUUGAAUUGUACAGCAGAUAUGUUUCCCUUUGGUUCAUUGGACAAUGAAGAAUUAUCUAACCUGAAUGAAUUAAACUUUCCAUCUUUUGUAGAUUCAAUUCCAUCCUUUGAAAUAACUUCUGGUCUUACCAACUUGCCUAAUUUAGGUGAUUACGAUAUUGAUGAACAUUUACCUUCUAAUGUCAACUCUACUUAUCAUACGCCCUAGGACUUAUCUACACUGGAUACAGUAAAGGAUCUUUCCUUAUUUCAUGCGAUAUCAGGAGCCUCUCACUUCAUUUUGAUGAGCUUGUUUCAACUCUCUCAAACUUAAAAAUAAAUUUUGAUGUUAUUGGUGUUUCUGAAACUUGGAAUUCUUUUGAAAAUCCAUCAAAACAAAUGUGGAAAUUCCUGGUUACAAUUAUUUUCCAUCCCAGUCACAUACCCAAAAUGGUGGUGUUGCAAUUUAUGUGAAAUCAGAACUUACUCCGAUUCCUAGACCAGAUCUAGGUAAGGACAGUAUUGAUUUUGAGUCGGCUGAAGUUGAAAAUAAAAAUGGUAAAACUUUCUGUUCAGUUGUGUUUAUCGUCAUCCAGGUUCAACUUUUGAUACCUGUAGUGAAUAUCUGCAAGAAACUCUGUCCAACCCUGCUGUAUUUAAUAAGCAUGUUUUUAUCCUUGGAGACUUCAACAUCAACCUUCUGAAUUAUAACUCUAGUACACCUAUCACAAAUUACGUUAAUUUCCUUUUCUCAAAACAAUUCCUACCAUACAUAAUUCAUCUAUCUAGAGUAUCUGCACAUUCUUCUUCUCUUAUUGACAAUAUUUUCUCAAACAUCACAGAUACUGAAAGUGGCAAUAUUUUGACGCAAAUAACAGAUCAUUUCCCUCAAUUUUUAAUUGUCAAACAUGCUGGCAUCACCUAUAAGAAUCUGUCAUAUUUCCAACAUGAUUUUUCUCAUUCCAAUGAAGAAAAUCUCCUAAAUGAUGUUGCAAACCUUGACAUUUCAUAUUUAAAUGACAGUAAAUAAAUUCAGCGGAUGUAAAUUCAGAGGAAAUGGAUAAAAAAUCAUAGUGAAACAAGGAAAAUAUAAUCUUCCAAUUUGAGGGCAAACACAUACCUGAGCACAUAAAUCCCCUUACAAUAUAAUUAUUGACUGAAUUUUGUCUUGAGACACGGACCAUGGUCUUGACCUGGUCAUACAUGAUUGAAUAGCAAAUGAUAGCAAAUACAGAAAACUGUUACUUUUUCUUAUAUUUCUAUUGAGGAUAACUUUUUAGAUUCAUAUUUUCCACGAACAAACAAAUUAAAAUCAUUGCAGCCAAAAUCUUCUUUCACUGGUCAACCAUGGUCAGGGCUUGUCAGGAUCACGGCUCAACAAUGGUAUGACCAUUGCAAACUAUGGUUGGGCCAUGAACCAUGGUUGCGUUUCCACAGAGGAGCCUUAUUAAGACUUGUUUUUAAAAACCCAAUUCUGAUAACAUGCAUCUGGUUACAUCAAGAAAACAGGCUAAAAGAUAACUGUUUACAUGAUGCAACAAGAUAGAAAUGAUGUCACUUGGAGUCAUGGACGUGGUCAGAGCAGUUAUGCUUUUUAGCUCUGAUUUAGCAGUGGGAAAUAUAUGGCAUAAAUGUUAUUUGAAAGUGGUGACAUGAUAUGAGCUUUGGACAAAAGGUAUCAGGUUUAACUUUGGAAGCUCUGUUGUAUCCGUUAAACCUGAUCAUAGCCCGCCCCGUCUCAAAUAUGUGGCAAGAGAAUCUAAUUUUUAUUAAAGAUAUUGCCAAACAGAUAGCUACUAUUUACAUUAAAAACCAGUUGAAUACCUUUCCUCUUUUUUUGGAAAAAUGGGUUUUAUACCGACCGUCAGAUGCUCUGUGUAUAAGGGAAAAAACUGAUCGUUUCUCACCCUUUCCAAAAGCUGAAAGUGGAUAUAAUAUUUUGCCCCGGUUAAAGUGGAUAUAAUCAACUGGGUAGAAGUAUUUUACAUGACAAGCUAUGUAUAAUGUUUGAUAUUAGUGUUAAUAGAUAUGAUUGCUUCCUGGGGAGCCCAAUGUCCAUACUGGCCACCCAGGGUUGUUCGGUUUUUAAAAAAGACAUGAUGCACAUGUGGAAAUCCCAGAGAUGAGGGAGGUAUCCCAACAUGGUAAGAAAGAGAAAAAAACUCGCUUAUCUUUUGAGCAACAAGGAAGAUUCCGAUGCGUUGUUGGACAUUCAUAGAAGGUUCAAUUCGGAAUUAUCACCUGUAUAUUUUUGAAAGAAAAAACCAGCUAUAAGUACAAAGGCGCUGCCUUAUUUUGAUUAUACACCUAUCAGCCCUAGAGCUACAUGGACCAGGAAACCUUGGAAAGAGAAAAACCUUCUUUCCAAUUAUACAUUGCUGUUUGCAAGGUACCAUAUUAUGUCAUAAUAUUUGCUUAUUUCCAGCAAUAUUCACAUUAAAGGCAGGGGGCUCUCUGUUAGGAUCGACCCAUGUAGUACUCACACAGCAACAUACACAGUACCUUUAAGUAGUCUCUAAAGAUCAACCCUGUAAUUGUUCGGUUGUUGCUUGACCUAACAGCCAGUCAUAGACCUAACAGCCAGUCAUAGACCUAACAGCCAGUCAUAGACAAUGAAAAACUUGGCAUGAAGUAAUUUCAUCCUGGGCCCUUUCUCCUGUCCUCUAAAUUACAUGGGUUAGCGCAUCUAUUAAUUAGACAUAUUCUAUCAUUGGUACCUCUAGAAACAUUCAACCAUUCAACAAGUCAUUAAAACUAAAUUUGUUCAAUCAAAGCAGUUGACAAUGUGCUGCUGGACUUUUUAGGAUGCUGAAGGCCUCCAAAUGUUAAUCGAUGUCAAAAAGUGAACAUUGAUAGUUCUAGGUUAAAGAGAAUACUGAACAGUCUAACCAUACACUGGAAAGAACUUUCUUAUGUGAAAGAUUGGCCUGAAGUAGGUAAAUCUUACUAUAAAUGAUGAAAAACGUGUUUCGCAGAAGAAGGUCGACAGACUUCACAAUUUUUGGAACAAAAACCUUUCUUCAAUGGACGAAGGACAAUACUCAGAAACUAAACAAUGAAAAGAAAAGAAAAUAGAAAUAAGUUCCUCUUACAAUGAGUAUGGUUUUAUUGAAAAUGAAAAAGAAAAACAUCUUGAAAAUUUUGCUAGAUUAAUUCAAAGUAAACGUACUGACAAACAGCUCAGACAAAAGAGGAAACUGAUAAUGGCUGAAAUCUGCAAAAGACAUGGUCGAAUAGAGAGCAAGUUGAUCUUGGUUGUACAGACACAGAAGAGAGAAACCAAGCUUUCUAGCAAAAUAUUGAUAUGCUACCUCAAAAGGAAAUGGGCCUAGGUUAAAGUACUGCGAUUAAAGAAAACAUCGCAUGUAGGAUGGCAUCCAUUUUCGGGAAUGUAUCCGGGCACCACCAAAAAUCAUGCCACUCUUCUUGAAGAUUCAUUGACAAGAGUUAUUGCAAAUACAUCGCAAACCUUGAUAUUGAAAAUUUUGAUAAUGAUUCGCAAUCAUUAAAUGAAUGUGAUAAAAACAAUAUCCAUCCUACCCUAUUAGCGAAGGAAGAUGAAAAUUUGCUGUGCAAACCGAAGGUGGACUAUAGUAAUUUUACAGAGAAAGAAAAAUCCUCAUAGGUGUUUAUUGAUAAGCUGCCAAACCUAUGGAAUGGUUUUGAAAUAGCAGAGACUGCCAGUGGCAGAUGUCUUGGCGGUGGCUGGACAGAUGUUAUAGUCAAACAAAUAAAUUCUCAAACUCCAUGUGUACAAGUGGAAAAGAAAACAUAAUAAUCUGCAGGUAAUAAAUUCAGGCAAGAAAGGACCUUUUUCCAAUGCGUUGCCAAUUUUGCCAUACGGUGUAAUGUUAUUGUUAUGGUAAACGUUUUUGACACGAUAUUUGAUUUUCCCUCCCUAAAAACCAAACUAUUAACGGAAUCAGAUCAAACUAUACACCAUUUGAUGCACAAGAACGUGAUAAUUCCAACAAAUAGAUAUCAUAAUGAUACUUAUUGAAUCUACAUGGCAUCCAAUAGCAAAUUUGAUAUGAGAUAUGCUUUGAAAAGAUUAAAGCAUGGGUUGUGGUGUCGGUUACUUCUAUGCAUUACGCACUUUGUAUGCAUUUUCCUUCUUAAUGGUGUUGUUUUUGUUGCUGAUUGCAUUCACUUUACUUCUAACAGAGAGAGUAUGAAAAGGAGAGAAGAAGUAAAAACACAAACAUGAACAGAAAAAAAAACUAUCAUUGGGGACAAGCCAUGGAACUAUUAAAGACAAUGAAAUAUGAAUUGGAAACAUUUUGUAGCACCAUAAUAAAUAAGGCAAAAUUAUAUCAUGAUUUUUUAAUUCUUUUAAUGUUUGUCACUGAUAUAAGACAUGAUACCACUUAAAAAAGUACAAGGGCAUGAUGAAGAGCGAGACAAGAAGAGCAACCAUCUAAUAUUCAAAGAAGACAGCACAGGCCAAUUGAAAAUAAACAAUUUUCAAAACUUCUUCGACUAAUUAGUGCAAUGGGAUCUUGGGUUCAAGAGUUGAUUAUUUAGAGCGCUAUUUGCGUACAUUUCUAGAUAAAGAAAGGAGGAUACUCCUCAAAGAGAAGAAACAGGGCUUUCUUUUUAUGCGUAAAAAUGGGUUAUUUUUUAUGUGCUAUAUUCAAAAACUUAAACGUAAACAGCAAAUUUCCAAACAGCUCAAGAGCACCACAACGAUGGAAGCAAACAAUAACAUAUCAACAAAUGAAAUAUGCGGAGAGGCCACAAACUCCAUGACUAAAGUAGAAUCUUUUGAAGAUGUUAGAAUAGAAGACAACAGAGUUUUUACUAGCAUCAAUUACCGAAAUUCACACAAUGAUUGUACACAUGAAACUCUUAAUGAAGAGUUUCUGAAAAUUGCUGAAUUUUUCACCAAACUAAUAAAUCCAGAACAGCCCACUGGAGAAAUUUCAGAGUCAACAGUGAAAAAAAUUAUUGGAAAAGCAGGAGUACUUUGCUUUUGUUUCAGGAACAGAAAAAGGGAGUCCAAAGAUUGAAGAUUGCAUAAACAUGAGAAAAGUAGAAGCUUUUGUGCAAACGCUUUUAGCCAAACCUUUAAUCUACAGCACAAUGGCAGGCUACGUACAAUCCAUUUUGUAUUUUGUAAAAUAUUUAAAGAUUGAUUUUGGAAACUUAAUGGACGUAAAAGAGAUUGUUCAGCUGAAAAAAAUACAGUCUCAGGUACAGGUAAGCAUUUAAUUUCAAGUCAUCAACUUACUCUCUUUUCUAACCGAAAAAGAUAAAUUUGUAAGUUCUGGAAAUUGCAAUUGAAAAUUGUGCAAAAAAGUCUUUUUGAUUGGAAACCAAGGCUAUGAAUUUGGUCCUAAAGUCAAUACUAGAGUGUUUAUGAUUCUGGACGCCCCACAUGAAGAUGCGCCUAAGGGGUCUAGAAACUAGCGCGUCUUCAUCGUUAACUGAAUGUGAAAACAGCAAAAUCGACGUCCAGUUUUAUCCAAGAGAACUUUGCGAAGAAUCAUCCACCGUACAAAAUGGCCUACGAGCAAGUAAAUGCUGUGAAACAACAUCAGACGUUCGGAGCCCUAAAACAUUUAAUAUCAUAAGUAGAUUUGCACACAAAAUGUAACAUUUUGUUUUAGUUUAAGAAUACGUAUUUUAUGCUAAUAUCAUUGAAGCCCAUGUAGAAACACAGCCAUUUUUGUAGCAUAUGGAAAACCCACCUUUGAGAUCUCAAAUAAAAUUUAUGAUGGAAAAUAUAAUUCUUGAUCCUCGUGUGAAUUCUCAUUAAACUAUUUAACAUAUAUCUCAUCUAUAUAACAUAUAUCUCAUCAUCUAUACAAUUUGAGCUUGCCAAGGUGUUUUCAUUUAGCAUUUCUUAUUAUACGCAAUGAAAAGUGCAGGCUACAACCAUGCAGCAACAUUGAGCUAUCAAAUUAACAUCUGAAAAUCCUGUGCACAUUAAGCAUCUAUUUGUCUUAUGUAACAUAAUUGAAUGCAUGGAUGGAGAUCUUUUGAAUAUUUUGAUAUAGCCCUGCAGCAAUAUAUACUGCAUUUAAGAUGUGUCUCUUAAGUAAAUUUUUUUCGUUAAACCAUCCACAGAAAAGUUGAAAAUUUCAUAGUGGCUUUCUUCAUGCCUCAUCAGUGUGUUUACACAAGCACUGCAUUGCUUUGACUUGAAAAAUUAUUCACUGUACAGGCAAAA